AUGUUGUUAUGGUUAACGACAAUCAGCAGUUUGAUUGUCGCGACGACAGUUGAAGCUCAGUUGUGUAAGUCGACAACUAACGAUGCUUUAACGGAGGCAUCGACCAUUUUGUUCGAUUGGGGUACAACGGGAUUGACUGACGAAACUUCAACUCCAUUUGAUUCAACAACCACUGCGUUAGAUUCAACAACUCAUUUAACAACAUUCGAUACGACUACAUCCAUCGAAACAACCACAGAUCCACCUACAACAACUAAGCAGGUUCAUCUACUACCGAGCAAGUUACAACUUCGAAUCCAAGUACGUUGA